UCAGUUCGCUUUCCCUUUCGAACUCACCUGAGAGCAUAGGCACUGGCUGCCUGGCUUGAUUUUUGACGACCUUCUACCUCACUCGUUUCGGCGAUCCCCACCGUACAACCGUACAAUCAACUGCAGACAACGACAAUGCGUCUCUCCACAACGUUUUCUGUCCUCCUCGCGUCCAUCGCGGUCGCACCCAGUGUGCUCGCCUUCCCUUUGGCGGACUCCGGCUUUGCAUUGGAGGCUCGUGCUGUCGAGUACGACUCCGACGUGUUUGCCCGUGGCGUUGACUUCGGUGAUGAGCUGUACGAACGCUCUGCCGCAGACGACGACAUGGUCCUGCUUGCGCGUGCCCUCGUCGACGCGUUGAAGACUCGGGACGACCCUCCCGGGUACCACAAGCACGACCCUAACAAUGGGAAGAAGCCCAAGUACACGUCGAAGGACCCCGCUCCUAUCCCGAAGUACCGCCAGAAGGACCCUCACAAGCCUCCUCAGCCGAAGAAGCCUAGUGGCGGCGGCGGCUCGUCGUCGAGGCGUAUACGCGACCUCGGGGACUUCGACGGUCUCGAGGCGCGGGACGACCCUCCGAAGUACUCCAAGCACGACCCCAACAACGGGAAGAAGCCGAAGUACACGGCGAAGGAUCCGGCACCGAUCCCCAAGUACCGCCAGAAGGACCCCCACAAGCCCCCUCAGCCGAAGAAGCCUCGCAGCGACGGUUCGUCGUCGUGGAGUGCCCGCGACUUUGUGGACAUUGACGGCCUCGAGGCGCGUGAGGAUUCGUGGUGGACUGUAUUGUGAAGGAUUGUUGUACCUGUUGUGACGAGAAUAGAAGUGAUCGCUCGUUUGCCUUUUCCAUCGUUGGCGCAGGUGUCCGUUGAGAUGUGAGCUUGGGUCGCGAAGGGGCGGUCGAUGUUUGCUCUGCCGCAUGGGUAGCGGUUGAGUAGUACUGAGUGUAUUGCUGACCGGUUGCACAGCAGGGCCUUUGGGUAGGCUAGCUGCUCUCUACCGUACUCAAACUGAGUGGACGUCAGGAUGUUCGGGCGUCAUGCAUCAUGUCUUCGUUAUCUAGUACUUAGCCGUGAGCGGUAUGCAUGCCACUCUCGAAAGGAUUAUGAAUC